AUGUUCCCACUCAAACUCGUUCGCUCUCUCGUCUCCGGCGAUGACGUCACCAACAACCCCCUCCUCCUCCGCAUCCACCACGACCACCUCGAAGAAAACGACGAGGCCAUCAACCCAUCCUCCAAAUCGAGAAGAAGAAUCCCUCUAAUGCUCUUCAAUCCAACUCAAGAACUACUGGCCUUCCUGAAAAACAAUUGCGCCCCUUUCGAAAAAAUUGAGGCUUUGAGCAACAAUAACUGGCAUUGCAGCUCGCUUUCCCUGUACUCUUCGCGUACAGGAGAGAGAAUUGACUCAAUUGAUGAUCUUUCUAGGGCUUUGCUUGGGAGCGGAUGGACCCUUUUCAGGACCAACGUUAGUAGAACAAAAAAAUCCCGAGAAUUUCUCGAUAGGGCGAUUUAUUUGUACCGCAAAUCGGAUGUGAACAAAAUUUCUAGUGCGAAACAGGUGAUUGAGGAUGGAAAUGGAGAUUCCAGGGAUUGCGGUAGGGUCAGGGAGCUGAGGUUGCCUCCGUUGGAUUUCAGAAAUGUCCCUCUGAGGAUUCUGCAUACCAGUCUGGAAUUCAGGAUGAGAUAGCUUCUCCAUAUGUGGACACAUUCAAAGGAUGAUUAACUUGCUGUUUCAAGCACAGACUUACUCAGUCAUGGCAUCAGUUUCUACUGCAGACGAGCAUGAAAUUGUAAAUAUAGAGUUAUGUUACCAUAACUGGAAUGGUUCAUGGAGCAUGGUAUUAGCGUAGAACACACAUCCAGAACUUGAAGAAAGUUGAGAAUAGAUGCUCGUCAUUGACUGUACUAUCGCAAUCAAGUGGGAGUGUAUUAUGUACUCUUUUAAGUAGAAUAUAGUAUUUGCAGAUUAGGAUCAUAGAUCUCCUUUUGUCAAUUGCAAAUGGAGCUGAAAGAGUCAUUGUUGACAAUUCUCUUGGCAUAGUGCUAAUAAUGGACU